CCAAGUCGUGUGUUAGUGCACGCAUUUCGCUCUCUCGCUCUCACUCGAGUGUGAAUCUUGCAUGUCGCGCGGCUGCAGCAGAUACAUUACGCGUAAUCGCGAUACGGAGGAAAGAAAGUAGCCCAAGCAAUACAUCAAUUCAUGACUGAAUCUGCUGCAGAGUUCAACAUACGCGUGUCGCGAGAGUGCUGAUUAUUUGAGAUCGAGAAAUUUUUUCGUCGUUCUCUAGUCUAUCUAUACAGGCAUAGAAUACACGCACAUAUAAUACACACGCGCGAUUCCCAAUCCCUACCAUUUUCCCCUCUCCUCUUUUUUGCCUGCCUUUGCCGUAUACGUGCAGUGUCUAACGACAAUAAAUAAAUAUAUCAAUUCGAAAGUCUCCGGACGCACUUGGGUGCCGUCGAUGCCGAAGCAGUAACAACGAUCACGACGACUUUCAGCAACAUCGUUUACAACGGUUACUCCUGCAGCAGCUCAGAUCCUCUGUUCGCUGAGGGAAAAAUUGGCGUGUCAAAUACAACGUUAAGCAUCUAUUUCACCAUUUGCCAUGGAAAACCCAGAAGAAGUGCUUCAUGCUCUGGAUGAAUUUCAAAAAGUGCGGCCUUCAGAGAUUCCUCGCGAACUUGAGGAUUACCUCUGUUGGGUUGCUCGCACCGGAGAUCCUGUAUAUCAAUGGAGUCUUGUCAAAGCCUUAUUCAGAGAAAAACUUGUCAAAGUAAUGAGCGAAUUUCAAGAAAACUGCCCCACUCUUGAUCUUGCACCUUGCCCUAAUGUUGAACAAUUUAAUUAUGAUAUUAUGAAAAGAACACUAAUAGAGAGACUAGAAAGUUUCUCCAAUGCACCUUUUACUGUUCAAAGAAUAUGUGAAUUAUUGACCACUCCAAGAAAAGAGUAUAAUCGUAUCGAUAAAUUUAUGAGAGCCAUUGAAAAAAAUAUUUUGGUAGUUAGUACGAGAGAACCCGGACCAUUGGGUCGAAGAAGUGAAAAUGGUGAUAGUUUGGUAAAUGGAUCAUUGGAAGAUGAAUCUCUGCAUCACGGACAAACCUCUAAUGAAGUAGACAUGGACAAUUGGGUAAAGGACUGUACUACUUCUGUUCCUUUACAAACACCUGACAGUAACGAUUUAUCAGUAGAGAAUGGUAUGAAUUCGACUAAUAAACAACUCGAAAAAAUGGAACAACAAGUGAGUAGCAUAAAUCCAUUGGCAUCAGGAUCUGCUAGUUUAGAUUUUCAAACAAAUGCAGUCAUCAACACACAAACACCGCUUAAUGCUGUUAUUGCUCCAACUCUCUCUGGUAAUAACCAAGAAAGUAUUGAUGUAUCAGAUGCCAUUAUGAACGAAGACACAAGUUCCCAGCCAAGUUUAGAACUAGAAAGUGAAGAUUCUAACAGUAAUGAUUCCAAAAAACUUCAGACUGCUUUUGAGGCAAAAGAUUUCGACUCUUUAUUGGAAGAAAAUCAUGUCAAAACUUAUGCAGAAGCACUUCAAAGUGGAAAAUCAGAUAAAAAUGAAGAACAAAGCGAAGUGUGUAAUUUACCAAUUGAACUGAAUUACUCCAAUGAAACUGCCAUUAAUAAUAAUACACAUGAUAAUGCACAAAAUAAUACUGAAGUUUCUCAGACUCCUGAAAACAAUGAUGAAGCUGAACAAAAUCUAACAAGCACACUGGAUACCAGCAACAAAGAUCAAACCACAUCUGAAGAAAAUUCAGCAAAUAGUUCUGACAUUAGUAAGCAAGAUGAUAUCAUUGCCAGUACAGAUACCUCAUCAGAUGUUGACAAUUCAGCUAAGCCAAUAAUUGAAACAGAAGAAUCAAGUUCUGUUGUAUGUAAAGAAAGUUUAACUGAAUCUGUAAAAGAGCAAGUUACAACUGAACCAGUUUUAAGUGAAAAUUCCAGUGCUGAGCCUUCAAAUGAGAAAGAAACAUCCGAACCAGCUGUAGAAGAAGACAAAGUAAAAUUGUUAAUUGAAGAUCUUAUUCCAGAUUCAAAUAAACCUAGUCCUUCUAUAGAAGCUGUAAAUUCUGAAUUGAAAGUAGAAGAAGCUCUUAUAGAAAACAGUGAAACCACAAGCUCAAUAGAAUCUGAUGCAACUCCUGUUAUAGAAGAGCCAAAAGAAGUAGCUGACACUAUAAGUAAAGAUCUUACAGAAGCUAUUAGUAAACCUGCAGAUGUAGACUCUGCUGUUAAUAAUGGCUUAUCAGAAUCUCCAGUUACUAAUUUAUUGGAGAGCAAUGAAAUGAUUGUAACAGAUGAACCUGUUAGCACAAAAAAUCCCUCAGAGUCUAUGGAUGUGGAUGAUGGAGCUACUCUUGCUACUGCAACGGGGGAUGAACCUAUGGAUCAAGAACAAGGGAUUGAAUCAAUGAGUAGUUAAUAUUGAUUCUCAAGUCCUGGACAAUGAAUUUACUUGAAUGAUUUUCUUAAUAUAAAUGAAAAUUGAAUGUGUGUUUAAUUGUAUUUAUCAGGGAUCACUGUGCAAAAUCUUAGUUUGAAAAUCGACUUUUUGUUUAUUCUAAUCAUUAAAAAUGGACUCUAAAUAUAUUAUUUUCAAAAUAUAAAAACAAAGUAAUAAUGCGGCUUGAACUUAUAAUUAAAAGUUACUUAUCAAUUAGAGAACUAAAAACUCUUUCUAUGACUUUGCAUGGUUUAUACAGCCCUGAUUAGUGUACAGCGGAAUGAACGAAAGUGAAAAAGAGAAAAUGAAAUGUGCAUUGUUUUUCCGACAAAGCAAACUUAAUUAAUUUGCUUGAGAAACUAAUUUUUUUCUUUGUAUUGUCAUCGUUGUAAGUGAGACCUGCAACAAUUCUAAAGUGUUGCAGGAGUCAGAACUUUUUUGUGUUGACUAUUUAAUUAAUCUUCCUAUUCUACAUUAUACGCCGCUGACAAAUACGUUGUAGCAGCAAAUCACUGCCCGACUUAUUAAUAGACACUGAAUGUAAAGUUGAAAAAAAAUGCUGUUCUGAUAAGCCAACGUUGAAUAUGUUUGCAAUGAUGACUAGUUUUUGUAAUCAACAACAGAGUCGUUUAGCACAUUGGCAAUAUAUACAUUGAUACGAUUUUUAUAUAUUGUAUAAAAAUGGGUGUUAUGAAAUAAUAUAUUUUAAUAAAAACAUUAAAAUAAUAAAUCCGAUCGGUCAAUAGUGUUGAAUUUGACUGAUGAUGCAAGGCUACGACCUUGCAUCAGUUUUUCUUUAUUUUGUAGUAAAUUAUAUCAUUGUGUAGUGCAGUGAUAAAUUAAUCCUCUUUCUAUGAGAAAAAAACAAACGCGCGUUAAAUUUAGUUUAGGUAAGAAGUAAAAUGUUAAAUGUAGAAGAAGGAGAACCAACAAUUGACAGCUCGACAUAGCUUUUUUAGAACAAUUAGUACAGUAUUUUAAUUUUUUUUUUUUUCACAGAAAAAAAUGACGGGAAAUUAUUAUUUAGAAAAAAAUGAGACUUGAUAC